AUGAUUUAGAAAUUGAAUUUAUAGCUAGAAUGCUUAAUAGAUGAUCAUAAAGACAAAAUAGUAAUGAUUUGUUAUAAUUAAAAUUGUACAGAAUUCCGAUUAAAUUGCUUUAAAUGUUUAAAAAAGGGAAAAAUCCAUCUUGAUCAUAUUGAUGAUGUAGAAAAAUUCAAAACUUUGAUGGAAUUCAUUAAAAAUUAAAAUCAAGCAUGUGAUAAUUUAAUUAAUCAUCUUAGUACAUAUAUAGAAAGUAUGAAUCAAUCAUUUACUUAAUUAAAAUGUGGAAUUAGAUAAAAAUAUUCAUUAUAAAAUGAAUAAUUAGUAAAUCUGAAUUCGUAAUAACUGAAUGAUUACUUGAAUUCAACUGUAAAUUUAAUUGAAUACAAACAAUCAAUCACAGCAAUCAUAUCAGAUUAUACUAAGAAAAUUACUCAUUAAUUUAAUAUUUUGUAUGAAUAACUCAAAUUAUCAUCAUUUAAUUAUUAUAUGAUUAAUGAUAAUGAUAAUUAACAAUUAUUUAAAGAAUAAUAAAGUAGCUUUGAAUAAAAUAAUACAUUACCUUAGUUGUUAUCACCAGGCAUUCAAAAUCAAUAAUUUAGUAAUUAAGCUAUUGAUGAAGUUUCAUCAUUAAUAAAGAUGAAUCUUAACGAUCAAGUAAAAAAGGAUAAGGUAUAUCAUAAUUAAGAAUUAGAUAAACUUAGUAAUAAUUAUUCAUAAUUAAAUUAAAACUAUGAGAAUGAAAAAAUAUUAUUGAAAGAAACAAUCAAUACCAAAGAUUAAUAGAUAUAAUAUGAGACAUAAACUGAAACAUAAUAAUCUAUUCUUCAACCAUCUUCUUCCUCAAUUACAAACCAAUUUAUUUAUGAAAAGAUAAAUAAUCAUUCAAUUAAAUAAGAUAAUUAUUGUUAUGCAAUAGCUAUUAAUAAUGAUUUUUCAAUUGUAAUAGUUGGAUGCAAAAAAGAAAUUAUAGUAUAUUAAUUAAAAUAAGAUAAGUUAGAACAAACUUAAAACCUUAAGGAACAUUAAGGCGAUGUAAACGCUUUAAACUUUAUGAAAAAAUCUAAUCAAUUUAAAUCUGGAAGUGAUGAUAAUAAUAUUUUUUUAUGGUCUAUGAAUUAAAGCAAUAAAUGGAUUUUGUUAUAGAAAUUAAUUGGACAUAAUGAUUGGAUAUUUUGUUAAAUUUUGAAUGAUAAUGAAGACUUGAUCAUUUCAGGAGGUCAGGAUAAAACAAUUAAAUUUUGGACGUAGAAGUAAAAUAAGUGGUUAUGUUAAUAAACUAUUACAGAUCAUACUGGAUAUGUAUGGACAUUAAGUAUAAAUUAACAAUAAAAUUAAGUAAUUUCAGGUGGAAAUGAUUAAUAAAUAUUAAUAAUAGAACAAUCAUAAAAGGAUUCUAAAUGGAUUGUAAUCUAAAAGAUAAAGGUUGAAGCAUAUGGUUAUCGAAUAACCUUUAUAAAUAGUAAUAAAUUCACUUUCUAACCAAGAUAAAAGGAAUAAAUACAUGUUUAUGAAAUGAAUAAUACCAAAAAAUAGUAUAUCAAGACAAAAGAUGUUCUUGUUAAGGGUGGAAUGGAUGACUACUGGUUUUUCCCUCAAUAAUACAUUAAAUCAAAAGGCUUACUUGUAAAUAGGAAUGGAAAGUAUUUGAAUUUGAUAAGGAUAAAGGAAAAUGGUGAGUUUAUUACAGAAUAAUUAAUUGAAUUUGGAAAUUCAUUUUUUUUUGGAUGUAUGAGUUAAGAUGGAAAAUAUUUAAUAACUUGGGAAGAAAGUGAAAAAAAGAUUCAGAUUAGAAAAUAUUAUGAAAGGUGA